GUUAGGUUAGAGUUCAAAUUCACGUGUCUCCUCUUGCCCUCAAGCCUCCUGCCACACCAUGUCAAACACGAACACCAACGAAUAUUCUACCUAGUUUGUGUAUAGCCAAAGAGUAUUUAUCUUCAGCCGGUAUUACCUCAGUAUAUAUUCUAACUAGUCACAAGAAUUAACAUUUGUCGUUUUGCAACAUUUGUAGUUUGGCCACCCUGCUCUGGAGUGGAAGCGCGCAAAGAGUAUAUAUCGAAGUGGAGUGGAAGCGCGUGGAAGUCCACGGAUGUCCACGGAUGUCCACGGCUGGUCCACGGAAGACGACAAAUAGGUGUUGCGUUUGGUGUCUUGUGAAGUUCAACUUUUCAGAUUGAAAGUGAAAAGGGUGUUGUUAAUUUUUUUUAAAAUACAUAAUAUUGAUUCGAACUAUUCUAAAAUAUUAUCAAAUGAAUCCUGACAGUGAGUUCAUUGUUACAAAAUCUGCACUUGUGAAAAAAAGAAAAGCUGAUGAAUUUGAGUGUGUGAAAUUUGAAUCCUAUAAGAGCAACAAGAAAAUUGAAGAAAAGAAAACUGGCAAAAAGCAACCAACUAGAACGCGUGAAAUUGAUGUAAAUAAAGUUACCCAUGAAGUGGUGAAAUUUGGUAUAGCUGGAAUGAAGCCAGAAGAAAGAAGGAAGGCUAAAGAGACUUUAUUAAUAAAACUUGGUGCUAAACCUCCAAAAAGAGAGUAUAUGAAUUAUAAAAAUUUAAUGCAGAAAAACCGCGAGGAAAAAGCCCGACUAGAGUUUCUGGCAAAAACCCAACCUGAUGAUCCAAUUAAUAAUUUAUUGAAUAGAACAAAAAAGAAAAAGCAACCAACACAUACUCAGAAACGGAAAAACAAUAUACUGGAAGCAUAUGGAAAGCCUGGUCAGAAUACUGUGCAUAAGAAACACAAAAAGUAAAUUGAAGAACUAAGAGAAAGUACUAAAAAAGUUUUUAUUCAAAUACAAACAUGUUCCUUACCAUUUGUAAAUAAAUUAUACAUUUUUAAAACUGAGAUUUUUUUUCAGU